AGUGGGUUCUUCUUCUACCCUUCACUGCAUCACUCAUUUCUCUUCCAAAUUCAAAUUCAACCUCCAAGCUCCUCAACAAUGGCGGAAUCCCAAUCCCUAAUCUAACCCUUUUAUUAAAUCCCCAAAAUGCCCCCAUUCUCCUCCUCCUUCCUACUCACCUUCUUCUUCUUCUCCUUCUCCCUUUCUUUUACUUCCUCUCUCAACUCCGACGGCCUCUCCCUCCUCGCCCUCAAAGCCGCCAUUGAAUCCGACCCAUCUCACGUCCUUGAGUCCUGGUCGGAAUUUGACUCCACCCCAUGUCACUGGCCGGGAAUCGUCUGCACUCGCGACCGUGUCACUCAGCUCUCCCUCCCCAACAAAGCCCUCACCGGCUACAUCCCAUCUGAAAUCGGCCUCCUCGAUUCCCUCCGCCGCCUCAACCUCGCAUUCAACAAUUUCUCUAAACCGAUCCCUUCUCAUCUCUUCAACGCCACGAAUCUUGUCGUUCUUGACCUUUCCCACAACUCCCUCUCCGGUAUACUUUCCGAUCAAAUCGGUGACCUGAGGAAGCUUCGCCAUCUCGAUUUCUCCUCUAAUUUCCUCAAUGGCUCUCUCCCCAAUCGCCUCACUGAGUUAACAGAACUCGUCGGAACUCUCAAUUUGUCCUACAAUCGAUUCUCCGGUGAGGUUCCGUCAUCGUUUGGUAACCUCCCUUUGAUUGUGAACCUCGAUGUCCGUCACAAUAAUCUCACCGGGAAAAUCCCUCAGGUGGGUUCGCUUUUGAAUCAAGGUCCGACGGCGUUUUCCGACAACCCGAGUCUAUGUGGGUUUCCGUUACAGACGCCAUGUCCAGAAGCUCAGAACCCGAAUGUUUUCCCGGAGAAUCCACAGAAUCCCAAGUCUGUAAACGGGAACUUCCCGGGGUACGGCGGCGGGAGAGAGAAUGCCGGAGGUGGUGUCGCUGGGUCGGGUAUGGUGGCGGUGGUUUCGUCGAUAUUCGCGGUGGUGGGGGUGGUGUCGCUGACGGUGUGGUGGUUCCGGAGGAAAGGUGUAGAGGGUAGGGCAGAGGAGGGCAAAUCGGGAAAGGGGAGUCCGGAGAGGGAGAGUUUGGGGGAGUCGGAAGGGCAAAAUGGUAAAUUCGUAGUGAUGGAUGAAGGGAUGAAUUUGGAAUUAGAGGAUUUGUUGAGGGCAUCGGCUUACGUGGUGGGGAAGAGUAGGAGUGGGAUAGUGUACAAAGUAGUGGCGGGGCGGGGAUCUAGUGCGGGCGCGAGUAUUGUAGCUGUAAGGAGACUUAACGAUGGUGAUGCCACGUUGACGUUAAAGGAUUUCGAAUAUGAGAUCGAGUCCAUUGGUAGGGUCCAGCAUCCCAACAUCGUACGGUUGAGAGCCUAUUACUACGCAGCUGAUGAGAAACUGCUGGUCACUGAUUUCAUCAAGAAUGGGAGCUUGCACACCGCGCUACAUGGAAGUCCGUCGAGUUCUUUGUCACCUCUGCCAUGGUCUGCAAGGUUAAAAAUUGCUCAAGGAGCUGCAAGGGGUUUGGCCUACAUUCAUGAAUUCGGUGCUCGAAAAUACGUACAUGGAAACAUAAAAUCGACAAAAAUCCUUCUCGACGACGAUUUCGAGCCUUACAUUUCAGGUUUUGGACUUAGUCGUCUCGGCCAAGGAGCACCCAAGUUCACUCCAACCUCCUCCAAGAAGUUGAGCUCAAACCAGAACAUGAUAAGCUCAAUCAUGGGGUCAAGCAUUUCGAGUCCCUCGGCGAUAUACUUGGCGCCAGAGGUUCGGGAGUUUGGAGGGAAGUACACGCAGAAAUGCGACGUGUACUCGUUCGGGAUUGUGAUUCUUGAACUUUUGAGCGGUAGAUUGGCCGAUGUCGUAUCGGAAAAUGAUGGGAAGGGGUUGGAAUGUUUCGUGAGAAAGGCGUUUCAAGAAGAGCGGCCAUUGACUGAUGUUAUCGACCCUGCACUUGUGCCUGAGAUUUAUGCUAAGAAACAAGUAGUUUCGACGUUUCAUAUUGCACUGAAUUGCACCGAGCUUGAUCCCGAGCUGCGUCCGAGAAUGAGAAUGGUGUCGGAGUGUCUCGAUCGAAUUAAAUCUCAGUGAAAAGUAGUAUGUUGUAACAUUGUUUUCAGAUUGUGUAGGUAGGUGUGAGAUAUGUGAUGAAUUAGGCUAACAACAACAGUCCAAGAGUUGUGCCAUUAAGAAAUGAAAGUUCUUCCUUUUUUCUUGUGUUUGGAUGAACCCAA